AUUUACCUAGUGAUUAAAGGAUGAAACAAAACGCAAUUAAAGCUGGAAUUACCGGCUGAAUUCGAUGUAGAUAACAUUGCACAUUUACUGAGCAAUCAUUAGAUCAAAAUGCUUCCUGUUAUUUAUGUUAUACAAAUAUCAUGACAUUAACCAACCCUUCCAACAGAUAGCUAUAUACUACGUGUAUGUGUACGUUAUUAAGGACCUCAAUAAAGAAAGUUUAUUAGCUUUUUUCUAUCACGGGCUUUAUGUGGCUGCUGUAUUGCACCUCCACAAUUCAUCUUUUCACAGAUCUAUGUACUACAAGCCACUGUUCCUUGCUACAUUUUAUGGACUGUGGGUAUUAGAAGUCUCUUGCUCAAAAUCUGAAGGGGCCAUUUUGAUUUAGCUUCAAUUGAACAAAGGUAAGACGUAU